AUCCAACCGUGCACACAGUCGCAUGAAUUAUGUGCGCACGCGCGCUAACUUGCAACAAAACGGAUAAACGGAUAGCGAUUCAUAUUCUCACAUAAUCAAUUCUAAAUUUCCAUCUAUAUUCGUGUCGAUACGAGCUACGAAAAAGAGAACCGAUCAACGAAACUUUACAGAAACUUUAGUUCGGGAGCUUUUCUCUAUAGAAACGCUGGGGAAUUUUAGAGGGUGGAUAUAUGUAGUUGUGAAGUCGUCGGUGAGGGGCUUGACAAGUUUUGCUAGUUUUUUAGUGGAAUUUAUUUUCAAAAUGGCAGCUACGAGAAGAUUGCAAAAGGUAAUUCAAAGUUUCGGUCAAUCGAAGAGUUCGCAGGUGGAAUUAAAUGAACUCGGUGACCUAAGAGCUUCGCCUAUGAAAAAUUUUAUAAAUAUUCAAGUAGAUGAAUCCAAUAUUCUCACUUGGCAGGGCCUUAUAUUGCCGGACAAUCCACCGUAUAAUAAAGGAGCUUUUCGCAUUGAAAUUAACUUUCCUGCAGAGUAUCCUUUUAAACCUCCAAGAAUAAACUUUAAAACUAAAAUAUAUCAUCCUAAUGUAGACGAAGGUGGAAAUAUCUGCUUACCUAUUAUACAUGCUGAAAAUUGGAAACCAGCUACAAGAACAGACCAAGUUGUACAAGCUUUGAUAGCUGUAGUGAAUGAUCCAGAACCAGAACAUGCCUUAAGGGUAGAUCUGGCAGAAGAAUUUCUUAACGAUAGGAAAAAGUUUUUAAAGAAUGCAGAAGAAUUUACAAAGAAACAUGCAGAAAAAAGGCGGGAGUCACCCUCUUCUAACGAAUAACCAUGAAUGACUAGCUCUACUCACCACAAUGCGUGCCACCCGUCAGCUAAUUUAAUUCAAGCCAACAUAGACUUAUCUGUUACGUGACAAACAAGUUGAGAUACAUGUGUACAGUAUUGGUUGAUUACCAACAAUGAUAUAAAUAUAUGCAAAUUGUAAUGUUUAUAAAAUGGAUUAACAAACUUUUCAGAGCAAAGUAAAGUAUAAUAAACUAACUGUAUGAUAUUGUAUACUAUGUGUGUCGAAAAUCGUUACGCAAUUACAUUUCGUACGAUUUUUAAAAGGCUUGAAGAAGCAGCACAUUUAACUGUUCGUUUUAAUGUUUUUUAAAACGAUUUUCAAUUUAUUAUCUCUGGACUCACGGUUCUAGAAUGUUGCAUUUACAUUAAAUACUAAAUUAUAGUAAUUUUAAUUUUCUAAUUUACAGGCAACUUUGAACUAGUAUCGAUUAAGCUUGUAAGCAUGAAAUGAUCAUCAUGAAUGUACAUAAAUUUGUAUGAUUUUUGAAAAUCAUGCUGACACUGUAAACGCAUUUUGAUGUUAAUUUUGGGAACUAUAUAUCUCUGUAACGUUGUGUUGAAAAUUUACAUCUACCUUUUAAUGUAAAACAUGAAUUUGUAACUUGAUGAUAAUCUCCUAUGUAAUUACAAUUGAUGGUACUACUUUGCAUAUAUGUAAUUCUCGAACUCUGAUGUAACAUUAAUACAUUAAAUAUUAAGAAAUUCAAAUAAUACUUCCAUUAAUUUAAUGCUGAAUAAAUUCAUUAGAAUGUUUCAAAUUUUAGGGGUGAAAUAUUAAGCUUAAUUAAAUGUCAAGUAUUGCAGAAAUCAAUGGUACUCCAAAUAUUCUUAGUAUCGUUGCAAAACUCAAUACGGUGUUUAAUUUCUAAACAAUUACAUAGUAAGUAGAUCAUCUAAAAAAAUAAUAAGCAUGUAAUCAUUCAUAAUACACCAUUUUUAAUUUAGAUCAACAACCGAAGUAUUGAACUUACCUUAUGAUCUCUAUUUUAUGAGUAUGCUUAUAUAUACACGUAUUGAAACAAAGGUGUAUUUUGUACAUGAUCAUUCCAAAAUGAGACAGGAAAGGAUCAGGCAGAAUUAACAUAUUCUAUAUGUAAAAUGUGCUCAAUUAAGAACCGCUUUUACAGGACUUUAUUUUUU